CAAGCGAUCAAAGUCAGUGCUUUCUAGUGACCACUAGUGAAUAAGGUUGGCCUUACAACAGAGGUAUGGUUACCCUCCUAUAGGCUGAUUAGGAAUACCGGAUUACUUUCGUUGUUUCUUACCACUUCGGAAAGCAAAGUUCCCUUCCGCACGUAACCCAGAUUCUUUAUAGUGGUGUUCAGGUGAAAGGCUGCGCGCCGCUUUGCAGGUACUACGGCCUUCCAUUCUACACCUAAGCAAACAGUCAGCCCACGAGCAUAAAACCGUACAAUUGUAACUAUCAUUCAACAACCUCAGAUAAAAGUUUUUUCAUGUCAAGCUACGCAAAUUUUUCCGAGCUUGCAAAUGCCAUCCAUGGAGCGCCCUCGGAUGAAGUCAUCUCAUCAUUCAAGGCCAUCGCACGCAUCGUAGUCCUAGCCCACCAGAUUAAGAAGAAUGAGAGCGAAGACCUUGGCGAUACCGAAAUAGUCGCUCGUCUGCGAAGAGAGACGAAACAACAAAUGUUGGAAUGGCAGCAGAUAAGAUACUGGGAUAAUAGUAUUGCCGAAGAUUCUCGUCUGCGUCCUCAUCUCCUAUCACAACUUGAUGCCGCGAGCAUCUUUGACAUCAUCUAUGCGAACAUCGAUAAGAUCGUCGGGGAUCCGAAAGAAACCAUGUUUUUCCAAGGACACGAGGGAGUCACUGUGGCGGAGCACUUUGUUGUCAAGUGCGUGAUACACCCCGAUAGCGAUCCUGAGGGUGAGCUGCGUCGCCUGUGGUCGCCAUAUCUUGUCGAGCAACCCGAUUACGAACCAACCGAAGAGCUAGAGGAGCGAUACGAGCGACAAGUCCGUCAAGCGGAGGAAGAGGAGUCAUCCACAUGCUUUCCCAGUUUAGUAGAGACACUUCGCAGCUUCAUCUCUGCCGAAUAUUUCGAUGAUGCUGCGGUUUUCGUAGUACUUCAGGAGUACUUAUCGCUAGGUGCUACUGCCGUAGGCAUGUGGACGCACAUUUGGCAAGUUCACGGCAUCCGGCGAGGCCAAGCGCUCGCUGAUGACGAUCAUCACCUCGAAUUCGCCUUGGAUGAAAUCGAAGCAUUUUUCAGUUACCGAAUUGGUAAUUGGCAGGACAAGAGGCCUUUACAUGUGCGACGAGAGCUCGCUCAGCACAACUUCAGCGGCGAUUUUAUCUUCUUGGUGAACCAUGUGUUCCCAAGCGUGAUUGCUCCCGCCGGGAGCUAUAUCCGUGAGAGCAUGUUUGGCUGGGAAAUGUACCAGUAUAUCGUCAACGCUGCCACAACGCCCGAAAUCGAUCCGGGUGGGCUAAUCGCUGGCCUGAUCCAACAACGCCUUUGCCCUGCAGCAGAAGCGCCGAACGCCUCACGUCUCUUCUACCGACACCCGUCGAUUGGGGUUUUUGUGUCUUUCGAAAACUCAAACGAGGAACUGGACGACGUGGAGCUGGAAGCGUAUGGCCCGGAAAUCGAGGUUGGCGACGUCUCCAAGCAGGUUCCGCCUGGCCACACAAUCUGCACAAUCUGUCACGACGGCUUUGGUUCCGAGGCCGAAGAAAAGUCGCCCUGUAUGCAGCUGCUCGCCUGCAAACACCUAUUCCAUUGCGUGUGUUUAGGAAAACUGGUCAACGGAGUGCACGUUGACCAUGUACCGUGCCCUAACUGUCGUGCGAAGAUCUGCAGGGCGCGUUCUCUGCGUCGGAUAGAGGAGUAUUAUACUCUAGAUAGCUUCGAGAUACUUUACAACUCUUGAAGAGAUAUGGUGAAGAUCCGUGCAGGUAAUCAGUCG